UGGUAACAAAAAUCUCGUUGAAGCUCAUAAGGCAAAACAGCAAAUGCAUGCAUGAUUCUUGAAAGGGUAUCAUAUUGCAAAGUUUAAACGUUUGGGCUUAACGUGAAAAGAUAAAAGAGUAGUGGGGUGAAUUUAAAAUUUCCAAAACUUGGAGAACAGAUACAUCUUUCUUACUGUCAUUCAUUACUGAGGCAACAUCGACUACUCACCGGAAAAUGGAUGCCGGAGCUGAAAUUGAUGUGGUUCAGCCGGUGGAGAACGAUUCGGCGGCGGAAACUGGUCCAGCCCAAGACCACGGUGGAAGAUCGGAGCCGUCGUCGUUGAACCAAGGGGAGAUUUUGAGAACCCUUGCUACAGUGGAGAAGGAUUCGCAGGCAAUCGCGGAGAGUUUUUCGUCUCUCUUUGUUUCCCUCCGAUCAACUCUCUCUGAGGCUACUGGUAGCUCGGUUGAUCACAUGACUUGCUUUGGAGAUGCAGCGGGACGGCUUCAGGAAAAUGCUCUAGAUGCAGCCACCAAAGGGAACCGGUACAUCAACUCUUGCCUCAGAUUAAACGAGGAAAUUAAAGGCGUUGAGAAUUUGGCUGCUCGGUUAAAGCACCUGAGGAAAAAUGUAGAUGUUCUUGACACGGCUGUGAACAAGCUUCUCCGGCCUCCAUGAGAAGUCAUCAGUUUUUCACUUGUAUCACUUUUUUCUUUUUCUUUCACAGACUUUGGAUCUCUUAUUUCUCGUACAUGAUUUUGAUUAUAACUGAUGUUAAAUUUCAACAUUACAUGUUUUCAAGGGUUUAUGGUUUAAGAAAAACCAAAACAUUUUUUUAA